CCCCCUCACGCCCCAAACUCCUUAGUUUUUCCCUCUUCUUUCCUUCUCCUUUUCAAGGAAGGAAAACCUAAUUAGACACAAAUCUCUCUCUCUCUCUCUCUCUCUCUCUGUGUAUAUAUUCAUUGUUGGUCUCCUGCUACCUCUUUCUCUGAGUGUGUGCUCGGAAAUUGAUCGAGGCAAGAGACUAGAGGGAGGGUUCUUGUUUUUUGGUUCAAGAAAAUGGAGGGAGGGACACAUGCAGGCACUGAUACCUCUGCUUUUAGGGAUUGCUUCUCUCUGGCUUGGAAGAAUCCUUAUGUUCUUCGGCUUUCUUUUUCUGCUGGCAUUGGAGGCCUUCUCUUUGGCUAUGAUACAGGAGUGAUUUCUGGUGCCCUUCUUUACAUUAGAGAUGACAUGAAGUCUGUGGACAGAAAAACUGUAUUACAGGAGAGCAUUGUGAGCAUGGCAGUUUUAGGAGCAAUCAUAGGAGCAGCAAUUGGAGGAUGGUUAAAUGAUCGUUAUGGAAGAAGAAGUGCACUCCUGUUUGCAGAUGUCCUAUUUUUCAUUGGAGCCGUAAUCAUGGCUGCUUCUCCUGGCCCAGCUCUUCUAAUCAUUGGUCGAGUUUUCGUUGGAUUUGGUGUUGGAAUGGCAUCAAUGACGUCUCCUCUCUACAUUUCAGAGGCUUCUCCUGCAAAAAUCAGAGGUGCCCUUGUUAGUACCAAUGCAUUUCUCAUCACUGGCGGCCAGUUUCUUUCAUAUCUCAUCAACUUGGCCUUAACAAGGGCACCUGGGACAUGGCGGUGGAUGCUUGGCAUUGCCGGAGUUCCAGCUUUUCUGCAGUUCUUUCUAAUGCUAUUUCUUCCAGAAUCGCCUCGCUGGCUGUACAGAAAGGGAAGGGAGGAAGAAGCCAAAACCAUUCUGAGGAAAAUAUAUCCAGCUGAUGAAGUGGACUCAGAAAUUCGGGACCUUAAGGCAUCAAUUGACAAAGAAAUUGAGGAUGAAGUAGAUUCUGAGAAGAUUAACCUCAUCAAACUAUGUAAAACUAGAACUGUGAGGAGAGGACUCAUUGCUGGUGUUGGCCUUCAGGUUUUCCAGCAGUUUGUGGGAAUCAACACAGUUAUGUAUUAUAGUCCCACCAUAGUUCAGUUGGCAGGUAUUGCGUCUAACCAAACUGCUCUGCUGCUUUCACUUGUCAUUGCCGGCCUCAAUGCGUUGGGCUCUAUUGUGAGCAUAUACUUCAUUGACAGGACCGGAAGGAAGAAGCUUCUUAUCGUCAGUUUGGUUGGUGUGAUACUUUCGCUUGGUCUCUUAUCAGGAGUUUUCCAUCAGACUACAACUCACUCUCCGAUGGUUAAAGCUACUGAGUCUAGCUAUGGAAAUUAUACCUGUCCUGAUUACAAUUCUGCAACGAAUGCUGCUUCUUGGGACUGCAUGAAAUGCUUGAAGGCCUCACAUCCGGGUUGCGGGUUUUGUGCUUCAGCUUCUAACAAGCUACUACCUGGGGUGUGUUUGAUUUCAAACGACACAGUGAAGGAUCUUUGCCAUGGAGACCACAGAGAAUGGUAUACAAGGGGAUGUCCAAGCAAAAAUGGAUGGGUUGCACUAAUUGGCCUGUCACUCUACAUCAUAUUCUUCUCUCCUGGAAUGGGUACUGUCCCAUGGACUGUCAACUCUGAGAUCUACCCUUUAAGGUUCAGAGGAGUUUGUGGAGGAAUAGCUGCCACAGCAAACUGGAUCUCAAACCUCAUAGUUGCCCAGUCCUUCCUGUCCUUGACACAGGCUAUUGGGACUUCUUGGACAUUCCUAAUGUUUGGGGUUAUAUCUGUAGUAGCUUUGAUCUUUGUCCUAGUCUGUGUGCCUGAAACAAAGGGGCUGCCAAUUGAGGAGGUUGAGAAGAUGCUGGAGCUCAGAUCUCUGCACUGCAAGUUCUGGGUAAAGAGGCCAGAACGAUUUGGGAAAACACCAGAAGUCUGACUAGUAGUAGGAUUGAAUGUGCUGAAUUUAGGGAUCGUUGGAAAUUUAAGAGUGGAGGUUUCUAAAUACUAUGUAAAUAAAUAAAGUGCAAAAUUUAGGGAUCCUUGGAAAUUUAAGAGUGGAGGUUUCCUUGUAGUAUGUAAACAAUUAAAAUAUCAGACAUGUAUUGCGCUUUCUUGAUUGAUGAAAUAUGAGAGAUAUUCUCAUGCA